GUCUUCUUGAAUAAUUAAUUUGUCAUAACCAUUAUUUAGUGUAAUUUAUUUUAAAAAAAAUUAUCCAAAUAAUUUUAAUUAUUAUCUUCUAUCUUCUACUAUCUUCUAUUAAUAUUUUUCCCUUUUAAAGUCACCAACAAAACCUAAAAAGACCAAAGCUCCAUCCCUUCUUUCUCUCCCACACGCAAUAAAUAAAAAGAGAACCUCAGAAGAAGUAACUGAGUGACGUCUGUCAUCUCUCUCUGGUGUCUCCCGUCACUCAACCCAGAAACCCCACCACCUAACAUUAUUAGGGUUAAACCCCAUAUCCUCCUACAAAUUACAGAACUCUCGUCCUCUGCGGUGUUUUCCGGUGCUUUCGAUUCCUACGAACGAGAUAUCUCCGACAGUUUCUCGGCGGAUAGUGCUCUUGCUUGGACUCUUGAGAGAUCCAGAAUACAUAGUUCGUCCAAUGAGCAAGAGACGUGAUGAUAAGGUUUUGAAGUGUGGAUAAGAGUUAAUUUUGCUGAUCAUUUUGAUUAUUAAGCCACAUUUAAGAUAGCUGAAAUAUAUUUUUUGGGUAUUAUUUUCCUACGAUGAGUCUUGUUGCACGUAGAAGUGAUCGCACAAGGCGUUUCUUUGGCACAAGAGAGCAUUGGCGAAAUGAUAAGGAAGAAACAAUUAUCUUUCGUACAUACACAGGACGGGACGAUGUUUUGCUUCCAGAGAUAGUAGUUGCUAGAUAUGGGGUCGAGCUGAAACAUGAAAUUUUUCUGAUUGAUCUUUGUGACAACUGUAUCAAGCUUAAAUUAAAAACCCGGAAAAACAAAAUCUGGAUACCUUCCGAUGAGAUAGACAAGUUAUUUGCUUUCUAUAAGUUCAAGAGUGUGGUGAAGAUCGGUCUAAUGCAUGUCACAAGUGUCAUAUUUUUUGUGGCUCCUGUGGAUAGGCGAAAUAAACCAAUUUAUAUGAAUUUUUAUGCUUUUCACUAUGUUAAAGAUAUUAUUGAUACAUCUUUACUAAAAGUAAUUCAAGAUGAGUUGGGAUUGAACUAUUUUGAUGGACUGGAUGAUGUUUCAUAUGGUAUAGAAGAUAAUGAGAUGUAUGGGAAUAUGAAAAGUUCUGGUGUGCAAAGUAUUUAGAAGAACACUUCCAAUGGAACUACUGUCAAGAAGAGGUCAAUAACAAAAAAAAGAGCGUGUGUUAAUUUUUUCUGGUUUAAUAUUAGAUUGUUGUUACAUGUGUUGUUGAUUUUCUCACUCUUGAUAUAAUUUGAUUGGUUGAUAAGUUUGUUACAUU